AUGGCGACAGACGGCAAUGUGGACCUCACUUUCUACCCCGCGUUCUGCUUCAAGGCGUCACCAACGCACUUCACCUGGGUGAAGAUGGGUGCGGCAGAUGUGCACCGCCUCCGAAGAUCGAACGAGUUUUUUGGCCAAAACAUCUUCUUCUACAACAACCACCCAAUCCGCUUUGUCAGUCUAGUAGGCCUAGUAGUGGCACGAACAGAAAUAACCCGACGAACAAUCCUAACGCUGGACGACAGCAGCGGCGCCACAAUCGACAUAAUAGUCCUACAACAAACCCAACCAAAGCCAAAACCAUACAGCAACCCAUCAACCAAACACACCGACCAACCUGCAGAAGAUCAAGCAGACCCAGACCAAGAUCCAGAGCCAGAAGCAGAAGCAACCCCCUGGUCCAACUUCUCCGUCACAUCGAAAACGACCCUAAACACCAACCCAAACCCGCAACAAACCCACAUAACAGCAACAGACAAAGAACCAAUAAACAUCAUUCCGCUCCAACCAGGGACAACAAUCCGAGUAAAAGGAACCCUCUCCCUCUUCCGGCAAAAGAUGCAAAUAAACCUAGAACGAUUCACGCUUGUGCCAGACACGAACGCCGAAAUGGCAUUCCUAGAUGAGCGCCUCCGUUUCCUGAUUGAGGUUCUCUCCGUGCCGUGGGUGUUAUCUGAUGCGGAGAUCAGGGGGUAUAGAGUUGAUGCUGAGAUGGGGGAUGUGCGGGCGCUAGAGGAGCGGAGGAGGGUCGAGAGGCGUGGUGUUAAGAGGAGGGAGAGGGAGGAGAGGGAUGCUAGGGUUAUUGCAAAAAGGUAUGAGCGUGAAGAGAGGGAGAGGGAGAAAGAGGGAGUUUUUUGUCGGGAGGAUGGGGUAAGGGUUAUGAAGAGGUUUGGGUGGGAGAAGAGUGGAUCAUAA